AGAACCCUAAUUUUGAAUUUUUUGAAACGCGUACGGAAUAAUUAACAACCAGAAGAAGAAAAGUGAUGAUUCAAUUCAAUUUCAUAUAAUUGAAUCCUGUCUUCUUCACCAAACACCAGAAACCCACACAGAUUCCAGAAACCCUUUGAAUCUUUCUCUUUCUCUUUCUCUCUAUACACUUCCACCACCGUUCAUGGCGGACGACCACCACCUUACACCUCUCGAACAAGCUCACCAGAUCAUCCACCGCUACGACUCUGAAACUCGCAUCACCUUCCAAUCCAACCGUCACGAACUCGACACGUACCUCCAAGCCGUCGAUGAAAUCCAACGCAACAUGGACUCCAUCACCGUCUCCGGCGACGACGGAGAACAAACAGAACAACAGUCAACGAAAGUCAACUCCUCCAUCCAAAUCGCCAUGGCUCGUCUCGAAGACGAGUUCCGCAACAUCCUUCUCUCACACGUAUCUCCAAUCGAAACCGAUGAUUACGUCAGCAGAUCCACCAGCUCCUUAUCCGAAUUUCACGAUUACGUCAGCCGUACAGUCACAGACGAUGAUGAUUCCGUUUCUGUUUCCGUUCACACUACCGGCGAUGAUGACGUCAGCCGAACAGACGACAACUCCGUUUCCCUUCACACUACCGGAGAUGAUGACGUCAGCCGAACAGAUCUAGGAGAAUCCAGUACAACAGCAAGACUUUCGAACUACAGAUCUAUGAGCAGUAUUCGCGAGAUCGAUCUGAUACCGUCCGAUAGCAUACACGAUCUCCGAUCAAUCGCCGAGCGUAUGAUCGCCGCCGGUUACUUCCGCGAGUGUGUUCAGGUGUACGGAGCCGUACGGAAGUCCGCCGUGGACGCGAGUUUUAAGAAGCUCGGAGUUGAGAAAUUCAGCAUCGGCGAUAUCCAACGCCUCGAGUGGGAAGCGCUCAACGCGAAGAUCGGGAAGUGGAUUCGCGCCGCUAGGGUUUGUGUUAGGGUUUUAUUCGCUAGCGAGAAGAGACUCUGUCAGUUAAUAUUCGAACAUCUGGAACCAGAAGCUGAUGAUAACUGCUUCAUGGAAACGGUUAAAGCUCCGGCGAUCCAGCUGUUCAAUUUCGCCGAAGCGAUAAGUAUCAGCCGGAGAUCACCGGAGAAACUGUUUAAAAUACUGGACUUACACGACGCCGUAUUGGACUUAUUACCUGAUAUCGAGUCGGUUUUCGACUCGAAAUCAUCGGAAUCUGUUAGGGUUCAAGCAACAGAGAUUCUCUCCAGGCUAGCAGAAGCUGCUAGAGGAAUGUUAUCCGAGUUUGAAAACGCGGUUCUCCGUGAACCGUCUAAAGUUCCGGUUCCUGGGGGUACGAUUCAUCCGUUAACACGGUAUGUUAUGAAUUACAUUAGCUUGAUUUCGGAUUAUAAACAUACCUUAGGUGAAUUGAUAGUUUCCAAACCUGCAACUGGUUCGAGAUACUCGGAUGAUUUAACUACUCCGGAUAUGGAUUUUACGGAUCAUGAAGGUCAAUCAGCGUUAGCGCUGCAUUUAAUUUGGAUAAUUGUUAUCUUACAAUUCAACUUAGAGGGAAAGUCGAAACAUUAUAAAGAUAAUUCAUUAGCUCACGUGUUUAUCAUGAACAACAUUCAUUACAUUGUUCAAAAGGUUAAAGGAUCACCGGAAUUAAGGGAAAUGAUUGGUGAUAAUUAUUUAAAAAAGCUUACGGGGAAAUACAGGCAAGCCGCGACAAGAUACCAACGCGCAACGUGGGUUGGGGUGUUGUAUUGUUUGCGAGAUGAAGGGUUACACAUGACUGGAAGCUUUUCGUCUGGUGUUUCGAAGAGUGCGUUAAGGGAACGGUUUAAAUCAUUUAAUGCUAUGUUUGAAGAAGUACACAGAAUGCAGGCGUUAUGGUUAAUACCUGAUACGCAGCUUCGUGAGGAGUUGCAAAUUUCGAUAUCAGAAAAGUUGAUCCCUGCUUACCGAUCAUUUCUUGGAAGGUUCAGGACUCAUAUUGAACACGGGCGGCAUCCCGAAAACUAUAUCAAGUAUUCGGUUGAAGAUCUCGAGACUGCGGUUUUGGAUUUCUUUGAAGGAAACGCAGUUAAUCAGCAUUCGAGAAGAAGAUCAUCAUCAUAGUGAAAUGAAAUUGGAAUACUGUAGGACAUUAUUCUUUUAUUUUUUGGUGGAUUGGCAAGGAAAGAUGGAAGACUUCUGUAAAAUCUACUCUGUUUUUAUUUCAGAAUGGCUCGCAUUCAUCGAAAGCAGUCAUGUAUCAAGAAAUCUCAUGUAGCCGAUGAUUAGAACUUUAGAAGAACCAUUUGCAGGUGACAGCAUCCCUGGUCAGACACAGUAUAUAUAUGCACACACACACACAUAUAUACAUGCGAUCUAAGUAUUCAACUCUUUUCGUUAUGAAUCUGGUUUUAUUUA